UAUUGAGCUUUUAAUAUGUUUUUAAACAGUUAAAGUACAUUUGUGCGCAGUUUAAAUCAUGUUCAUGAGUCAGCAUUUGUUGAUUUAUGAUGUCAUAACAAUCUUAGCUUAUUCCUUUCUAUAAAAGGUGCCUCCCUUUUACAGCAGUGGUUUUGACCGUCACGCGUUUUAGCUUCGCGGCUGAGACACAACGAAGACGCGUCGGUAGCUCAAUUGAUCGAUCGAGUCAUGGAGUAAUUAUGAGCUUGAAUCCGACAGUACAGCAGUAUGAAGAAACUGUUAUUGCUUUUUUCCUUUGCAUUUUUUGCGGAUGGUGUGUUUGGCGAGACGAAAAAAGUGUCAGUGAAGGAGGGGAUUCUUUGACUCUAGACGCUCAUGUCAUUGAAAUACAGCAAAUAUUUUUGUUGAUGUGGAUGUAUGGAUCUCAAAACACUAUUAUCGCUAAAAUCGAUGGGAAAACACAGACAGUCUCAUUAUACGAUGUUGAUGAUGGGAGGUUUGAAGACAGACUGCAGUUGGACAAUAAGACUGGAUCUUUAAUCAUCAGUGACAUCAGAACCAAACACUCUGGAGAUUAUCAUCUAAAGAUCAUCAGCAAUGAGACCUUGCUCAAGACGUUCAGUGUUACCGUCCAUGAUGUGAUUUUUGCAGGGUUAGAAAACAAGAAGAAAGGAGAUUCUGUUACUCUACACACUGGUGUUAGUGAUUCACAGAAACAUGAGUUAAUACUGUGGACAUUUGGACCUACAAAUCCAGACAAUCUUAUAGCUGAAAUGAACAUGAAUAUUCAUAAGGUCACAAUCAGUUCAGAUGAUAUAUACAAAGGGAGAAUACAUCUCGAAAAUCAAACAGGAUCUCUCACCAUCAGAGACGUCAGAACCACAGAUGCUGGAGUUUAUCAACUACAGAUCUCCAACAGUAAAGAAACACUAUACAAGAGAUUCAAUGUUUUUGUUGCUGUUCCAGAUCCAGGCCUGUCUGCUGGUUAUAUUGUGCUGAUUUGUCUUUGCGUCCUGCUGUUAGUGGCUGCAGCACUGGGAGUGAUGUGCUACAUGUUAAAGUACUCUAAAAAAUGGAAAGAUAAGAAGACAGUGUCAGAGAAGGAGGGAAAUUCUGUCACGCUAAAAACCGGUACAGCUGAAAUCCAAAGAGACAAUGAAGUACUCUGGAUGUUUGGACCUCAAGAAAUGGUCAUUGCUCAAAUCCACAAAAAUGCCAGUAACAUCUCAUACACCGAUGAUGAGCAAUUCAGAGACAAACUGCAGCUGGACCAACAGACUGGAGAUCUGACCAUCAGCGACAUCAGGAUCUCAAUCUCUGGAGAUUAUCAGAUGAAGAUCACAGGCAGUAAAGCAAAAAUUAAGAGAUUUAAAGUUACUGUACGAGAGGACACACGGAAAUUCACAGAAGGAGAAUCUGUCCAUCUGCAGACCGGUGUUAAUGAAAUACAGAAAGAUGAUGUGAUACUGUGGAAGUUUGAGCCUAAAAACACCAUCAUAGCCAAAAUCGAUGGACAGACCAACAAGAGCAGUGUCUGUGAUGUUGAUGAUGAAAGAUUCAGAGACCGACUGGAGCUGGACAAUAGAACUGGAGAUCUCACCAUCACAAACACUAAAAGCACCGACUCUGGAGUUUACGAACUGCAGAUCAACAGCAGAAAUAAAGUCUUGUACAAGAAAUUCAACGUUCUUGUUUGGUUGAAUACGCUAAAAUAUACAGUUGGAGAUUCUGUCACUCUACAAACUGGUAAAACUGCACUGAACAAAGAUGACCGGAUAAUGUGGAAGUUUAGCGAUAAAGACACCCUUAUAGCUGAAAUCAACCAAGCCACCAAUCAGACCACAAUAUAUGAAGGUCCUGAUGGGAGAUUCAGAGACCGAAUGCAGUUAAACAAGCAAACUGGAGAUCUGACCAUCAGGAACAUCAGCAGAGCUCAUUCAGAUGUUUAUACACUUCAAAUCACCAGUGGCAAAAAGAGCAUAUGCAAGAGAUUUAUGGUUAUUGCCCACGAGAAGACUGAGUCUGCAACAGAGGGAGAUUCGGUCAUGCUGUACAAUGAUAUUAAAAUACAAGAUGAUGAUUUGGUACUGUGGACGUUUGGACCUGAAGACUGUCUAAUCGCUAGAGGUGAAAUAAAUAAAACAAGUUUCUGUACAUAUGAUGGUGCUGAAGGGAAUUUCAAAAACAAAUUGAGCCUGGAUCAUCAGACUGGAUCUCUGACUAUCACAAACAGCACAACUGAUCACACUGGAGUUUAUAAACUACUGAUCAGCAGCAGCCGAGAGACCAAAUACAAGAGAUUUAAAGUUACAAUCCGUGUAAGUGAAAUAAAUCCAGACAGAGGGUCUGAGCAGGAGGGGAUCCCCUUAACACAAGUAUCAAAAUCAUAACAGUAUUACAGUAAUUGUGAAUUGUAUACACACUCAAGUACUGUGUUAUUUGCUACUGGAAGGUUUUUUAUUAUUAUUAUUUUUUUUUUUAUUAUUAUUAUUUUUUUUAAUCCCUCCUGACUUCCACCUUCACCUGCCAUCAUUCACCCUCAUCAGCUCCACUCUAUUUAAGCCUGCUCCAUACACUCAAUGUGGUCUGGUCUAUGACUAGGACAGUGACCCUCCAGGACCAAAGCUGCUCAUCCUUGAUGUACACUAUAUGUGAAUGAAAAUUAUUACAAAUGUGAAAAAGUUGUGUGGAAUAUGUUGGUUCAUAUGUUCUAUGAUUGAUGUUACACUUUUUCUUACCUAAAUGUCAAGGUCAUAUUAAUGCCUUUAAAUAAAUGUUAAUUUAACAAAUCCUGCCUUGAAAAGCCAUUUGUCAGUUGCCUAAACAAACAUUCAAAUCAGUAAACUGAUU